AAUUAAAAUGUCAAAAAAUAAACGAUCGCAAGUUCCCGACGAGCCAGAAGUUCGAUUACCCUUUCCCCCCAAAAUUACUGCUCGUGAAGUAAUUUCGGACAAAAAAAAUGGCAAGAAAGCUAAAAAACCUCCGAACGCGUUUAUGAUCUAUCGAAAGGUCUUUUCUAGAGAACUGGCUAAAAAAAAUCUUCGUUUUCAACAAAAGAAAAUAUCUACUCUUUGUAGUAUUUCGUGGAAACAGGAGCCAGAAAAUGUAAAACAGGGUUAUCGUAGAUUAGCGCACGAUGCAGAUAAAAUAUUCCUACAAGAUUUACAAAACCAUUCGCAAUCACCUCAAUUACAUCUCCCACUUCCGCCACAACAAAUGCUUCCUCCAUCACAAUUAUUACAAUCGGAGAUGGAUAAACAUUUGAAAUGUUUUGAUGAUAUGGAAAGACAAAUGCUUCCUCCAUCACAAUUAUUGCAAUCGGAGAUGGAUAAACAUUUGAAAUGCUUUGAUGAUAUGGAAAGACAAAUGUUUCCUCCAUCUCAAUUAUUACAAUCGGAGAUGGAUAAUCAUUUGAAAUGCUUUGAUGAUAUGGAAAGACAAAUGUUUCCUCCAUCACAAUUAUUACAAUCGGAGAUGGAUAAUCAUUUGAAAUACUUUGAUGAUAUGGAAAGACAACAAGAAACUCAGUCAAUCGUUCCAAGCACUCUCGAUUCUUUAGACGUGAACCAGGGUUACAUUCAACAAUCGUAUUAUCCAAUUUACGGACCAAUUGAUCCAACUUUCUUUGAAGAAAAUUAUUAUUAUUUUCAUUGAAUUUUCAUGAUCAAAAAAAAAAAAUUUCGAUAAUAAAUUCUCUUCGCAUUUUAUUCUUUAUUUCGAUAUUCCGAUUAUAUUAAGUAUAGUUUAAGAUUA